AUGUCAGAAGAGGGGUCUGUAUCGCUCCUCUCGCGCAGUACGGAGGUCAUUUGCGAUCAGCAUCUAUCGCCCCUCAUGCCAACGGGUAUGGUCACUGCGAGCAGCCCACCAUCAACAUGGAUGCACAGCAGUCACGAAAGAUCUGCACGUAGCCAUGAGUACGACCGGAUCAAGCGCUCGCCACUUAAGUCUUCGAUCGAGCCAUCGCUUUCUCCGCACGACGUUGAACAUGCGCCUUACGCCGAUACGGGCGUUCAGGCCAGCCUGGCGACCCUACGUGCUCUCGAGUCUCAUGGUAAGGACCCCAAGACCAUCCUAGCACGUCAGCGCAUCCUCGGCGAGUCGACUGUAUCUCGUAGUGGAACGCUUCGAGAUCUGCUGAACCUGUCAUCCGGACUUCAUCUCGAAACUGACGAUUGUGUCGCGGAGGGACUAGAUGUUGAAGCCGUUCAGCUUCGAAGCGCUAGUCACGUUGCACAUCUCGAAGAGCUGACGCUAGCACAAAAGGAGAUGCUGCUGUUUGAGAGCUCCCUCAAUCACGGCCGCGAUCUAAGCGGAGCCACUUUCAUCUACAUAGAUGACACAUCGAAACAAGAGAAAGAGAUUGACGGCGUCAUGCAGUCCACGAGGAGUGCCUCGAGUAGCUCAACCUCGUCCAAGCGAAAGACCAGGCAGGCCAAGCAGGGCUACGGCAUCCCGGACAUUUUCACAUGGCAAGCUGGUCUCCGCAGCGGCAUACACGAGGCUCGUGUCUGCUCAGCCGCUUCGGCCGCCUCUACUCGAUAA